CGCUAGUUGUCACCCCCCGACUCUGGUGCUCGUAUGUGCAGCGAACACGCUCUCCAUUCCCGGGAAGAGAACUUGAUGGAUGCCUCUGUUCAUCACAGCUGGCACAUCAGGGCCCAGCUCCAUUAUUAGCACCUUCAUCAUUAGCACAGCACAACUGGAGUAGACUGUGACCACAGUGGAUCAUUACUUAUUUCUGGAAAAUCUGACUGAACCGAAGCACUGAGACACACAGUCUCCUCCUUCUCCAGGCCUCUCCAUGCAGAGCCGACAGGAUCCAUCCUUGAACUGACCAUGUGUGUUGGCUAGAAACAUAGGUAGUGACAUGACUCAGGUCUGACCCUGGAGAUGCCGAAGAGACGAGACAUCGUCGCCAUUGUGUUGAUCGUGUUGCCUUGGACACUGCUCAUCACCGUUUGGCAUCAGAGCACCAUCACUCCUCUGCUUGCUACCCGGAAAGAUGACAGACGAGAUGGUCGCUCCAAAUCCAGGAAUACUUUUGCUUUCAAGGAGUCCUGCUCCCUUCAGAACCGGGACAUCGUGGAGGUGGUGCGCACCGAGUAUGUCUACAGCCGGCCUCCACCCUGGUCUGACACCCUGCCCACCAUCCACGUCGUCACUCCCACCUACAGCCGGCCGGUGCAGAAGGCCGAGCUGACACGUCUGGCCAACACCUUGCUGCACGUGCCCAACCUGCACUGGAUCCUGGUGGAGGACUCCCAGAGGAGGAGCACUCUGGUCAGCCGACUCCUACAGGAGACGGCAGUCAACUACACCCACCUCAACGUGGAGACGCCUAGGAACUAUAAGGUACGCGGGGACACAAGGGACCCCCGAAUACCCCGGGGUACCAUACAGAGGAACCUGGCCCUGCGGUGGCUUCGGGAGAGCUACAGAGUAAACAGCAGCCAGCCCGGGAUUGUCUACUUUGCAGACGAUGACAACACGUACAGUCUGGAGCUGUUUGAGGAGAUGCGUUCCACCAAAAAGGUGUCGGUGUGGCCCGUGGCCUUUGUGGGUGGCCUACGAUAUGAGUCGCCCAAAGUAAACACCUUGGGCAAGGUGUACGGAUGGAAGACUGUAUUUGACCCCCACCGGCCCUUUGCCAUCGACAUGGCUGGGUUCGCAGUGAACCUGCGCCUCAUUCUGUCUAAACCUCAGGCUUAUUUCAAGUUACGUGGGGUGAAGGGAGGUUAUCAGGAAAGCAGUUUAUUAAAGGAGCUGGUCACUCUCAGCGAUUUGGAGCCUAAAGCUGCUAACUGCACUAAGGUAUUAGUAUGGCACACACGGACAGAGAAGCCUGUGCUGGUAAAUGAGGGCAAGAAGGGAUUUACAGACUCAAAUGUGGAGAUAUGACAUACUUCGUCUGACACAGGGGCAUUUCUCCAUUUGGAUUCUACCUGGAUUCAAACCAACCUCAGAGCUCCUUAAUUAGCAACAGCCAGGGUCAGAAAUAUUAUCACAGCACAGUAGGGUGCACUUCACCACCGCUUUGAAAUGGAGGCACACCUGCCCACCCCAGGAGGCAGCACAAGCCACGUGCUUGAACGGACUACAGAGUAUCAAAGCACAACUGCACAAAAGCCAGCCGCCCCGUUCUGCUCAGAGCACUGGCUAAUGCGAGACACUGGUGGGAGUUGCCAAAAG